UUAUGUCUUCUAGUCAUGUAAUCGCAACGUACGUUUAUCAAAUUCAACAAUGAUUUAAUCGAUGAAGUUGCAACUCUCUUGAAGAUUUGAAAACAAUAACGAUUCAACCUCCUCCGUCUUAUCUCCAAUCUUCAAGUUCAAGUUCUCAACCCAAACUAAAAGCUUUCACCAUAUGAAACCCAUAAGAAUAUGGAUAAAACCUUUCACAUCAUCUUGUAGGCAAUUGACCAAAAUCAAACCCAAUGGCAAUGCCGCCGUUGGUACUCCACCUCUUGGAUCCAAAACCACCCCAUUUUCCGGCGGUCAAUUGGCUGCCCGCCAACUGUUCGACAAAAUGCCUCACUUAAACGUGGUUUCAGCAACCGCCGCAAUUGGGCACUGCGCAAGGCAGCACCAACACGAAGAGGCAUUAUAUCUAUUCUCUGCAAUAUUAGUGUUAAAUUUAAAGCCCAACGAGUUCACUUUUGGAACUGUGAUUCAUUCUGCAAAGGCACUUGGAGACAUUCAAAGUGGUAAGCAACUUCAUGUUUGUGCCAUAAAAACUGGCUUUCAUUCUGAUGUGUUUGUUGGUAGUGCGCUUUUGGAUUUGUAUUUUAAGUUGGGUUUCAUUGAGGAAGCUGAAAGAGCUUUUGAUGAUAUCAAGAUGCCAAAUGUGGUUUCUUACACUAGUUUAAUAUCUGGGUAUCUGAAAAUUGAGAGGAUUCAUGAUGCUCUUCGGGUGUUUGAUGAAAUGCCCGAGAGAAACGUUGUGUCAUGGAAUUCGAUGAUUAGUGGGUUUAGUCAGAAGGGGCACAAUGAGGAUGCUGUGCAUUUGUUCGUUGAUAUGCUUAGAGAAGGGAUUUUGCCCACUCAAUCUACUUUUACUUGUGCUAUAUGUGCUGCUGCUAAUAUUGCUUCUAUUGGGAUAGGGAGGAGUUUUCAUGCUUGUGCUGUCAAGUUCUUCGGCAAGCUGGACGUGUUUGUUAGUAAUUCGCUUAUUAGUUUUUAUGCAAAAUGUGGAAGUAUGGAAGAUAGUUUGUUGGUUUUCAAUAAAUUACGUAAUGAAAGAAACGUAGUUUCAUGGAAUGCUGUCCUUGGUGGGUUUGCUCAAAAUGGUAGGGGAAAGGAAGCCAUAGAUUUCUAUCAAAGGAUGAUUCUUGCAGGCUGCAAACCGAAUGAUGUGACGUUUCUUAGCUUGUUAUGGGCUUGUAAUCAUGCUGGCUUGGUUGAUGAAGGUUAUUCGUACUUCAAUCAAGCUAGACUCAUUAACCCCAACCUGCUAAAAGCCGAGCAUUAUGCUUGUAUGGUUGAUUUGCUUUCACGUUCGGGUCAGUUUAAACGAGCAGAGGAAUUUAUACAUGACCUACCAUUCAAUCCAGGGAUCGGGUUUUGGAAAGCGUUGCUUGGGGGAUGCCAAAUUCACUCAAAUGUGGAACUUGGGGAGCUUGCAGCUCAAAGAAUCCUUGCCUUGGAUCCAGGUGAUUUCUCGUCAUAUGUAAUGAUGUCGAAUGCGCAUUCUGCAGCUGGAAAGUGGCAAAAUGUGUCGCUAGCAAGAAGGGAAAUGAAGGAGAAGGGGUUGAAAAGAAUUCCAGGUUGUAGUUGGAUUGAAAUUAGAAGCAAAAUUCAUGUAUUUGUUAACGGUGAUAAGAAUCACCACCAAAAGGAUGAAAUUUAUUCUACCUUGAAACUUUUGUUGAGCAGUUGAAAGAGAGGGAAGAUUUCAACUUUCUUUCAAAUUCAUAAAUCAAAUUCUAUUGUCGAUUAAGUUAAGUUUGGAAGUUUUAAACCACGAGCCUUUUGGUCCUCAAUCUACGUUGAUGUCACUUAAGUGAGUUCUUGUUGAUGA